AUGUUGAAUGAGCAUGUCGCUCAACACUUGACCACAAUGAGUGUCGCAGAGCCUGUUUCCACGAAUACUUCUCAUAGCUUCCGUCGUCCCUCCCGAAAUCCCGAACGCAAAAGCUGGUGUCAGGAGGAGAAAAAACCAUAUUCCAAGCAGCAUUGCAUUGAUAUCGAAUGGGACCGGUUGAGUGAUUGGGAGGUGACAGGUAGAGAAACGAAGAAAGCAGGGGCUAAUGCUACAGAAGCAGAUCGCAAAAUUUCUGAUAAUGACAUUGAUUAA